GGAUUGUUUGUAAACGAACCUUUAUUGUGGUUAUGUAUGAAAUGAUUGUAAAUGUUUUAAAAUUACAGUAGUUUUAAGGAAUCUGUAGUGUAGUGUAACGUCAAUACUAGCACAGUAAAAAUGAAGGAGAAAGAGGCAAAAACCAAGUUUCAACCAUUACAAGUUACUAGAAGUCCUGUGGCAUGUUCCCCUCAAAAAAACUUGACAGGUUCAAUUCGUAUAGCUAGGGACAUUGCAGCGGAUCUUUACAAUACAAUUCAACGCUGGAACACUCUGCAUAUCAGUGGAGCUCAGUUCGUAAAAAUGAUUGCAGUGGAAAAAGCUGUUGAUCCUAAAAAAUAUUCACCUGCUUUGGAAGAACUAACUACUAACUUAUAUGAAGUAGUUCAGAAUUUGAAAAGUAUAGAAGGUCAAUUUAGAAUCUUUAAAACACAGAUUAGGGCACUAGAGAAAGUAGAUAAAAAUUCGGAAACCCUCUUUCUUUCUCUCAACAUGGACGGAAUUGCUAAUUUGAUCGAAACCAUAGUUGAUGCAUAUCUAGAGGAAUUCAAGAAAUCGACUCCCAUUAUAGAAAUUUAAUAUUUCUUUUGGGCACUUAUUAUUUUUGACUAUCAGAAAAAAAGUUUUGGUUAAAGAACUAGUCCUGGAAAAUAUUGCUCAUUCAAGAACCAAAGACGAAGUGAUGUUUUUUGCAGCCUGUUGGACAUUACAGGCCCACAUUUCAAGUGGAAUAAAUUUAAAAUUAGAAACGCUACUGCUAGAUACAGGACAUAGGAAAGUGAGCUGAUUAUCACAAAUCAAAGGUUUAUAUCGAAACUUUUGAAAAAUAAUUUGUAAAUUUAUAUUUCGAUAAAUAAUUUAUAUUAUAUAAAUGAAUUUU